GAGAAUAACCCCACUAUCUCCAUGCUACCAUUCAGCUAUAUAUGCAAUUGACUCGCCUGUGCACCAAAGUUGCUCAUCCUACCUCUACCACACCUUCCAUACACUCGCCCAAGCAUUUUUAAGAAAGAAAGAACAGUAGGAACAAUAACCAUGGUUCGUACAUAUCUCUCCACAUACUUUCUUUACCACAUGAACCAUCCAGCUUAUCCCAUCCCAAUCAGUUUCGAACAAUCGACGGCAUUGCCACCGGAAGCAAUACCGAGGAACGAGUAAAGAAACUCGAAGCACUAGUCACAGAGCUCAAGAAGAUAGUACAAGACCAACAAAAACGCAUCGAAGAACUCGAGAAAUCAAAUGUUCAGAAGACAGUAGAUGAUUUACAGAAGCGUAUGGAAGAACUUGAGAAAUGGCCGGGUACUGGCGAAGAGGCUAUUAUGAAGGUGAGCCUCACUCUCCGAAAUGAGUAAAUCCAUCAGCCAUAUAUUACUUGACUAACUUUACUCUAAAGAUAUUUCAGGAUGCAAAUCAGGAUGCACCACAGGCAGGAAGUCAAGCUCAGCCUGCGACAGAAGGAAAAACUGAACCUUCAGCUGAUGAUUGAUUCGCUGAUUAGUUUUUUCAUUCCAACGUCUGUCUUGGAAGCUCUAGGGUUCAUGUAGAUACACGUCUGGCUGGAUCUUUUGGCCCCCGUGUCUCAAUUGAUUCUGAAUGACAACGGCUUCAUGUCCUUUUAAAUAGCUUGAACGGAACAGAGCGCUAGGAAGUUACUUUGAGGAAAAUCUAUGCCAAUGAAGCUCCUUAUUUGCUCAAGCCUAUUGACCAUAGAAAUAA